UCCCCCAUACUUCACGUCAAGACCUCUCAGGCCUGUCACUGCAACCACACUCUCUGCAACUCAGAAAAAAUUUAAUCAUUAUAUCAUAACCCUUUGUCCUUCAUCAAUCAUCAUCACUUCUCUUUCACAUUCCCUCUCUCUCUCUUUCUCUCUCAAACCCAGAAAGCUUUCAUUUCCUUUCAUGGCAGAAAACUUUGAAUCCUUCCAUGUACCACAGCAAAACAGAAGAAACAAGCUUCGUUUCACUUCUCAAACCAGCCAAGAAGUGCAAAAUCCACCAACCCUCAUGAACCCUUCUCCAUCUCCUCCGUUCUCCUCCCUUCAAAACCCUAAAGAUCAUCACUUGAUGAGCUACCACCCUCAGGGUUUAUCUUUGUCUCUUUCAUUUCAACUCGACAGCCAAAGAUGCAAUGCUGUUUCAGUUUAUGGAGAUUUCUUGAAGCAGAAUGGCGAAAUCACAAGUUCUUUCCCUCUUGGUCCGUUUACUGGCUAUGCAACAAUCUUGAAAAGUUCAAGGUUCCUGAAACCUGCACAGCAGAUUUUGGAUGAUCUUUGUGGUACUGCAAAUUAUGAAGUUUUGAAUCUUUCUUUGGAUUUCUUGAACGAAAGUGAAGUUAUUAUGCGAGAAAGUGUUGCUUUUGCUGAUCAUAUAGAGCAUCGAUGGAAGAAUUCAAAGUUGAUCUUGAUGCUUGACGAGGUAUACAGAAGAUACAAGCUCUAUUGCCAGCAAAUGCAAUCAGCUGUUGCUUCAUUUGAAACUGUUGCUGGUCUUGGACAUGCAGCUCCUUACAUUUGUUAUGCUAUCAAAACUAUUUCAAAGCAUUUCACUUGCUUGAAGAAUGCCCUUUUGGACCAAAUUCAUUUCACAUGCAAGACUUCUGAUGAUGGCAACAUCAUCAGUGGUGAAAGGAUUCCAAGGUUCUGGGCAGCUGAUGAGCAAAACCAAAAUCAAAGUCUCAACAUCAGUUUUCUUCAACAUCCUGUUUGGAGAUCACAACGAGGACUCCCAGAUCAUGCAGUUGCUGUCCUGAAGAAAUGGUUAUUCGAACACUUCCUGCACCCCUAUCCCUCUGACUCAGAAAAGCAGAUUCUUGCUCAACAGACAGGUCUGUCAAGGACUCAGGUUUCUAACUGGUUCAUCAAUGCAAGAGUUAGACUUUGGAAACCAAUGGUAGAAGAAGUUUACAAGCUUGCAUCUCAGCAAGCUCAAUCACCAUUAGAAGCAGUCAACCACAAUCCCAGUUUCCUUCUGCCUGAUUUCUCUGCGGAGAAUCUGUCGCAAAUCCAAACAACUCAGCCCCAGAAGCCCGACGAUAUCCAAGCCAAACGCUCCAGAAACCAAGAGCUAGCUGAUAUAUCCAUGCAGAGACGAGAUCUGAGGAAUGCAUUUAACAAUUCUUCGAGCCAUUACCAAGCUGCUGUCAAUGGAAGCAAUGGAGUUUCUUUGGCAUUAGGACUCCAUCAAAAUAUUGGGAUUGAUUUGUCAAGAUCAGUUCCCAUGAACUUAGCUCACCAUGUAAACUUGGAAAUGAUCAGUAUGAUGGAUUCAGCAUCGGCUGCAAGUUUACAGGCACAGAACCAGCAGUUUGGGAAGCAAUAGAGGGUUAAGAUAUUAAGAUUGCCCAAAAUUUUCUGGAUGUAGUUUUCUGCUUUUCUUAAUUGUGCUUAAAGUAUAAAACACACUUUAGAUUUUAAUGCAACUUCAACUCGGCAAUCUUCUUAUUUUA